AUGGUCCCUUCGGCAGUAGCAGACGCAAAGGAGAAUAUGGCUCUCAACGGCGUGAAGAACGUCCAGUUCUACGCUAAUAAAGCAGAGGACGUGAUCCGGGAUGUAAUCAACUCCCUGUCAAAAGAAUGUGAUAUUACCGUAGUUGUUGAUCCUCCUCGUGCUGGCCUACACACGUCGGUAAUUCAAGCCCUCAGAUAUUGCACCCGUCUUCGACGCGUCAUAUUUGUUUCAUGCAAUUUGGAGGCAGCAACGCAUAACUUUGUCGAGUUUGCUCGGCCCACAUCGAAUCGCUUCCGUGGUUCUCCUUUCAUCCCGGUAUUCACCAAAGCCGUGGACCUAUUUCCGCAAACACGCCAUGUGGAAGCCCUCAUCCUACUUGAACGUGUCCCAGAAGCGAGCAAACAGAAGGAACAGAAAUCAUAA